GCGCGGAGAUGGUGUAGCCCGGCCGCCGAAGCCGGAGCCGCCUCUGCUCGCGCGUCCCCGCGGCGUCCGCCUCCCCGCCCGAGGAGAGACCCUCUGCUCGGCGUCUCCCGCGCCGGGGAAGCCUCGGCGCCGCCGGCACCAUGAGAUCAAAAGACUGAGGCAUAGAGUGAUAUAAAAUUAGCGGUUGGUGGAGCCAGGCUUCCAGCGCCAGCAGUCGGACUCUUGACUAUGCUCAACCACUGUGUUAUGUUGCCCUCUUUUGGAAUUACUUCAUGCUAUGUUUGUGAACAGAGUAUCUGUCAGGCAAGAGCUGCUGUGAUGGUUUAUGAUGAUGCCAAUAAGAAGUGGGUGCCAGCUGGUGGCUCAACUGGGUUCAGCAGAGUGCAUAUAUAUCACCACACAGGAAACAAUACAUUCAGAGUGGUGGGCAGAAAGAUUCAAGACCAUCAGGUCGUGAUAAAUUGUGCCAUUCCUAAAGGGCUAAAGUACAAUCAAGCUACACAGACUUUCCACCAAUGGCGGGAUGCUAGACAGGUGUAUGGUCUCAACUUUGGCAGCAAAGAGGAUGCCAAUGUCUUCGCAAGUGCCAUGAUGCAUGCCUUAGAAGUGUUAAAUUCACAGGAAGCAGCCCAGAGCAAGGUUACUGCUACCCAGGACAGCACUAAUUUGCGAUGUAUUUUCUGUGGGCCAACAUUGCCUAGACAAAAUUCACAACUACCUGCUCAAGUUCAAAAUGGCCCAUCCCAAGAAGAGUUGGAAAUCCAGAGAAGGCAGCUGCAAGAACAGCAGCGACAGAAGGACCUGGAGAGGGAAAGGCUGGAGAGAGAAAGAAUGGAGAGGGAGAGGUUGGAGAGAGAACGACUGGAGAGGGAGAAGCUGGAGAGGGAGCGCCUGGAGCAGGAGCAGCUGGAGCGGCAGCGGCAGGAAAGGGAACACAUGGAGCGCCUGGAAAGGGAGAGGCAAGACCGUGAGCGGGAGCGCCUGGAGCAGCUGGAGCGGGAGCAGCUGGAGUGGGAGCGAGAGCGCAGAAUGUCCAAUGCUGCUCCAUCUUCAGACACCUCCCUGUAUAAUGCUCCACUUCCUGAGUAUUCCAGUUGCCAGCCUCCUUCAGCACCUCCUCCAUCAUACGCUAAAGUCAUCUCAGCUCCAGUGUCAGAUGCCACUCCUGAUUACGCUGUAGUGACUGCUUUGCCACCUACUUCCACACCCCCUACACCACCACUUCGACACUCAGCGACACGUUUUGCAACAUCUCUAGGUUCAGCCUUCCACCCUGUUCUUCCCCAUUACGCUACAGUUCCUCGUCCUCUGAACAAAAACUCUCGACCUUCUUCUCCUGUGAACACACCCUCUUCUCAGCCUGCAGCUGCGAAGCCCUGUGCCUGGUCUACUUCCAAUUUCUCGCCCCUCCCUCCAUCUCCUCCGAUAAUGAUUAGUAGCCCCCCUGGCAAAGCCGCAGGCCCAAGGCCAGUCCUCCCGGUUUGUGUCUCCUCUCCUGUGCCCCCAAUGCCUCCGUCACCGACAGCACCCAAUGGGCUGCUGGACUCUGUAACAUACCCGGUGUCUCCGCCGCCUACCUCAGGGCCAGCAGCGCCGCCUCCUCCACCGCCACCGCCGCCGCCGCCACCGCCGCCGCUGCCUCCCCUCGCCUCACUGUCACACUGUGGAUCCCAGGCUUCUCCUCCUCCAGGCACCCCUCCUGCCUCAACUCCCUCAUCCAAGCCCAGUGUUCUCCCUUCUCCCUCUGCAGCUGCCCCUGCCUCUGUGGAGAACCCUGUAAAUCCUGAGCUGGGAGACGCCUCUGCUUCCGAGCCAGGCUUGCAGGCAGCCUCUCAGCCGGCCGAGACGCCAACCCCACAGGGCCUUGUCUUGGGACCACCUGCACCUCCACCACCGCCCCCUCUCCCACCAGGCCCUACCCUCUCCUCAGCACUUCCUCCUCCCCCUGGACCCCCUCCACCACCUCCACUGCCAUCCACUGGGCCUCCUCCACCGCCUCCCCCACCCCCUCUUCCUAAUCAGGUUCCUCCCCCACCUCCUCCUCCCCCUCCUCCUCCUGCCCCUCCCCUCCCUGCAUCUGGAUUUUUCUCUGGAUCCAUGUCUGAAGACAAUCGCCCUUUAACUGGACUUGCAGCUGCAAUUGCGGGAGCAAAACUUAGGAAAGUGUCUCGGGUGGAGGAUGGCUCUUUCCCAAGUGGAGGGAGUACUGUGGGUGUGAACUUGGCCUCAUCCAGAACAGAUGCUGGUCGUGGGAAUGGACCCCUUCCUCUGGGGGGCAGUGGCUUAAUGGAAGAGAUGAGUGCUCUGCUGGCCAGGAGGAGAAGAAUUGCUGAGAAGGGGUCAACAGUAGAAACAGAACAAAAAGAAGACAGAAGCGAAGAUGCAGAGCUUGUAACUUCUAAGGCCUCUUCAACAAGUACACCUGAACCAACCAGAAAGCCCUGGGAAAGAGCAAACACGAUGAACGGUAGUAAGUCACCUGUCAUCUCCAGACCCAAAUCUACACCUUCAUCACAGCCCAGUGCCAAUGGAGUCCAGACAGAAGGACUCGACUAUGACAGACUGAAGCAGGACAUUUUAGAUGAAAUGAGAAAGGAACUAACGAAGCUGAAGGAGGAGCUUAUUGAUGCAAUCAGGCAGGAGUUGAGCAAGUCAAACACUGCAUAGAGAAGCAAACUGAGGAGAGACAAGACUUGAAUCUGGAGAAAACAAAAAUUCCUACAAACAACUGUUCACAACCCCCUACGAUUUUUAAGCUGUAAGAAGAAAAUGGAUACACAGUCAGGAGGCAAAAAGCACCAACCUCGGAAAGCCUUCAGACACAGUGACUCUGGCGAUUAGCUGCUCCCUCCCGAUGGUGGUGUGCUGCUCUUGACCUGACCCUUACCCCAGGAUGAAGAACUAUGUCUGAGUUCCCUACCAGUACUAAACCCGCCAGGCAAGAAAUAUUUUCAUGUCUAGAUGAAACUGCACGUUUUCCACAACCCAUUGCUAAAAUAAAGAAGAGAAAGGCUUUAGGAGGUGUUUUCAGAGGGCAUGGAUGAUGAAUUUAGCAAGUUCCGCUGUUGCAUUGUAAACGUUUCUCUCAGGUUUGUCUUCCUGUCAUUUGAUAUUCCGUGAAUAGCUAAGAUCAUAAAAUACGGAAUGGAUGCAAUUGUCUGUGUUUUCAAAGGGUGGCAUUUAUAAGAAAGGUCCUAAAAUGUUUAGUCCCCCUUGAGGAGUUUUAGAAUGAUAGGAAGUCUUUCGGGUUAGCCUUCAUGCAAUUUUGUAGUUUAAAACAGAAUCCGUCCGGAAUUUAAAGAUUUAGAUGCCUUCCUAAAUUGUUACAAUGCUUUACCAAAUCUAUGACUUCUACAUAACUAACAGUGGUCAAAUGUAAACCAUUCUAUUAUAGAUUUACCGUAGGUUUUCAACCUUUUUUAGACUUAUGCAUGCAGACAUUUUUAUAAUGUAAUUACAAUCACCACAAAGUUAGCUUUUUUUAAUUACAGACAAUAAUGCAUGUCACACUAAUAUGUAGUGGCCUUUUCAAGGCCUAGUCCCAGGGAAGAUAUUUUGUAGUAUAUAGGGAAGAGGGAGGAAGGGGAGGAAUAAUUUUUUAUUUAAUGUUAAUUCUGCACUAUCUUUUUUUUCCCUCAAUUAUCUGCAUGAGUUAUAAUGAGAAAUAUUUUGUGACUUUAAUCGGUAAACAUGUUAAACAAAACAAGUACUUAACCUCUUACAUCAUGUCUUCAGCUGUUUGUAUUUAACCAGCAAUCUCAAUAGUCUGAAGCAUGAUUCUGAGCUUCACAUGAAUCACAUCUCACUGUGGAACUUGAAAGUUUCAUCACUGAUUUUGGCUGUUACUGUCACUCAGUCCCUGCAGUGCUGCAGGGGUUUGGGUACAUGCUCCUGACUGUGAAGCUGCUCUUGACCUUUGUUGUGCUAAAAUACCAGAAAUGUCAUUGAUAGCAGUAAUUAGGGUCACAGGAAUGGAAUCACCAGCUAAAGGGACACCAAUGGGGAGUUCUGCAGUUUUCUUUUAAUAAAACUGAAGUGAGACUUGGGUGGUAGAAAGAGUCUGAUACUGCUAGACCCUGAGUGGAUGGUGUGUUUCUGUGUGUGCACGCACGUGCGUGCAUGCGGUGGUUGUGUUCCACCCCUUUAUGUUACAAUUGGCCAGAUUAAAAUAAGGGAGAAAACCUAUUUGUUCUAAUGUUAGCUUUUUGGAAAAUCUAGGAAAUCAAAAAUUCUCCAGGCUCUCCAUCAUGAUUUACGCUUGAGUUAUUAAUGUGCCAUACUUGCUUUGGAAUCCUUAGUUAUCAAAACUUUUACUGAAAAAAAAAAAAGGAAGAAAUAAAUCCAUUUUCGUUUCCUUUUUAGAUUUCAUAUAUCUUAUGUGUAAAACAAAGCUUGAUGGCAGCGUAGUUUUCUAAACACUGUAAUUUGCAGUCAUUACACUACAGAGAAGUCGAAUGAGGAUUUUUUUUUUCCUUGUUAAGAGUUUGUUUCUGUAGAAACUUCAUUUUUAGAUUAAACUGAGGGAUGAGCUAUCAUAGUUCAAAUAUACAGCUCUUUUUUAUCCAUUGUUCAUUGUCAUGCAGUAAUAAAGGCAUUAAAGAUGCAGCAAGCUUCUAAGCUAUUCUCUAAAAGAAAUAGGCAUUUCAUUUUAUUGUUGAACUUUUGAUUAUGCAGCUACUUUGAUAAUGUGUGUACAUCCCUUACAGAUCUGAUCAAAAGUCACUUUUGAUUUUGUUACUGAAGUUAAAUAUCUAUAAGUAGGUAGAGUACUGGGUAUAAGUGGUCCAAAGUGAGACAGAAGAAUACUAAAGUCAAAUGCUAAGUCCUAAAAGAAACUGGUUUAUGCACUAAACGUUUUGUGCCUUGGUCUAAUAUUUAACACAAUGUCUGUGUAAAAUGAUAAAAAAAAAAAAAAAAAAAAAAAAAAAAAAGAACCAGUGUUGACUCAUGCCUCAUGCUAUAUCCUCCAAUCCUCCAUAAUAUUGCAUUAUCCACAUGGCUAAAUGUGUUCCUUCCUAGACGCUUAAUUGGACUAUGCGUUCAUUGUCACACCUGACAGUCUUGACAUUAUUAGAGAUUUCAGUGAUUAAAAUGGGAAACGGAAGCUUAGGUUGUUUUCCCACAACCGUUCCUUGGAACUAUGUGAUGAUGAUGGGCUCUUUUGUGUGUUGAAUGUCUUUGGCUGAGUACAGUUUAGGGACCCUUUCUAACUACAGGAAGGUACUGCUCUCCUCAACACUGUGAUCUGACCUGCGACAACCCUGUACAACACACUCUGUGAAUGGCUAGCAAGUCAAUAGCAAACAAACUGAAUGUACAAACCUUAGUGCUGGUGCUGAAGUCUCUAAAGAAUAGUUGUCAUGAUCUCAAAGUUCGUUUAAAAAUUUACAAGCAUAACUAAAGAUGAAACACUAGUGAAUGUCGAAUCCUCAUGCCGCAGGUGUGUUUCCUAUUUAGGCUUUUCAGGUCUCUGCUGUUUUUACCAUAACUGUUUCAUUUAAAUUUCCUACACGCUAACUUCAUUUGUGCGAUUGAAAUAAAAUUUCAGUAUAUACA